UUUAAGAAAAAAUGUAAGAUCUAGAAGAGAUAAAAUAUUUUAAAUUGUGUGCCAAAUUAAUACGUGAAGUAGAAUAAGAAUCAAGAUUAAUUAAAUGUAACAAGCAACUCUGAGAGUAAAGAUGAAUUAUCACCGACGAUAUAUUUGCUUGCUUCUGCAAGUAAUUUAUUUCAUCGCGAAUUGCCUCGCGGAAAAUUUAAUACUUAAUGUAAAUUACAAAAAGCCAAUUGCUGUAACUAGCAAUGCGUUUCUCAGUUUUACAUUGGAUCCGGUAACGUUGCUGGAUAACAUCGACGAACUCACCAAGAAUAUCGAGAGAAGCACGAAUAUGGCUCAAGGUUUGGUGCCUGCUUACGUUCGUCUUGGAGGAUCACAAAGCAACUCUUAUGUCUUCGAGCAAGCAUAUUCAAAUGACAUCGAUUCCAAUGACACGGUUUUUGGAAAGCAAUGGUCACUAAUAUAUCAAUGGGCGAAAAACGUUGGACUGGAUCUAAUCGUGUGUAUCGCACCUCGAUAUAUCGAGAACGAAUCGAAACUGCAUUCGAAAAAUUCGAUGAACAUAACGGAGCUUCUAUCUUUGAGCGAUCUCAUGGGAUACAACAUCAGCUGGCAAUUGGGUUAUGAAUGCCAAACUAAAUGUAAUCUAUCCGGUGGAGAUCUAGGACAAUAUGUCGCAAAUUUCCGCGAAAUGCUGAAGAUUUUCCCGAGAUAUUCAAAUAGUUUAAUCACAGGACCAGAUAUUGUGGCGUAUGAAACAGCGCAACAACAGAAAUAUCUUCAAGAUUAUUUGAAUUCGGCAGAUGCUGCCCUUUCGGCGAUUACGUGGCAUCCCGAUUUUGCUAGUGUCUCUUUAAACAAUGACAGCAUUUUCAUGCAUUACGAUAAUAUGGCUGCGAAUAAGAACGAACUGUACAAAAUUAUUAAUCGUACAGCGGAAAAGAAACCAUUAUGGAUUGCGGAAUCAAAAUCCGAAGAGUUUAAAGACAAAUAUUUAGGAGCGCUUAUUUGGACGACAAGACUCGGAAAUGCUGCAAAACUUGGCAUACAAGUUGUAAUGAGACAACCAUCAAACUUUUAUAAGGCAACUCCUGAUUAUUGGGUAUCCUUAUUGCACAAGACUUUGGUGGGGCGCCAAGUUUUGAAGCUAAAACUUCAAUCACUAAACAACGAAAGUUACGUACACUUCUACAGUCAAUGCACGAAACCAUCUGCCUUAUACGAUAAAGGAGCCAUUACUAUUUUUGGUGUAAAUUUGACACCGAGGGAAGUGACUGCUAACUUAAAAGGCCUUAAAAUCAAAACUCUUCACAAAUACAUUCUAUCGCCGAAUUCCGAAACUGGCAACAAAAUGUUAUCAGAGAAAGUCUUAUUAAAUAAUAAACCACUCGAUUUAAUAAACGAUAAGAAGUUGCCUAAUCUAAAUCCAAAAAUAGUCAUCAAGCCUGAUGACCUCGAAUUGAAACUCUCUUCUGGGAAUAUAGGUUUCUGGGUAAUACCUAACGCAAAGGUAAAAGCCUGCGUUUAUCCUGAGGAAGAACCGGCCGAGAACUUAAUGAGAAAGAAAUUAUCGAAGCGACAUAAAAAUAUCAUUCAACAAGACAAUGAAGAAGAGAAGAUUAAUGACACAAACGAUCAUCAGCAUUCAGUGCAAGAAUCUGGAAGAGUGAGGAGAGAUGUCGGCCAGAAAUUAGUCGAGAUAGGCCUAAGAAAAGAGAAUGCUCUCAAGAAACGUUCGAGAUUCGACAAUGUGAAGGAUACAAAUGAAAGGAAGACGAAACGGAGGGAUGAAUUAUUGAUACCAUUUAAUCCGAGGACCACCGACAGCAGCGAAAACAAUUUCUACGGCUUUCUUCGGCGCAAGCCUGUCAAAGGAUUCCCCGAAAGCGACAUUUUUAUCACCACGGGAGACUCGUUGGAGCAAAAUAAUCAAGAUUACGAUUACGUUCGAGACGAAAGCAAUGAGAACGCUUCGAUGGUAAAAAAUACGCAAAAUAGGAAGGAAUUGGAGACGCAGGAUCACGCGGAAGACGACACGUGGUUGGAAAUGGAAAAUGAUUAUAUACCGAAUGAGUUCUUUGAAAAUGUCAAGGUGUCGAAUGCAAGAGUCCAAGAGAAUCCGAAAAAUUAUAGCGAUCUGUGGGAAGCGGAAUUUUUCCCCCAAGAAAACAGCAGAGUUUUUCAAGAACAGACACCUCUUUUCGAGAAAGAGGAAAAACGGGCUGUAGAAAACGGUAUGCAAAAGUUGAUUAAUUAUUAUGAUUCCAAAGAACAAGAAUAUAGUACAAAAAGUCAAGUUGUCAAAAGUCCAAUUUCUAUCAACCAUCAAGUCGGAGGAAGAAAACUAAAAAUUCCAUCAGGGGCUUCGAGUUUCUUUUAUCAACCUUCGCAAGCCAUAAAUUAUAAUAAUAAAAAUACGAGACAUGAAGAAAAAAAAUCGAAUAAAGAUGAGAUUUUUGACGUGAAUAUAUCAAAUGAUAGAGGCAAUAUUAAUGCAGAAACCAUCAAAUUUUCUCGACCUGCUGACGUAAACACGGAUGAAUAUUCCAUUCACGAAAUACAAUACCCCAUUCUUCAUAAUAGAAGAACCAAAAGAAGCAAUUCGAAGGCAAAGAUGCAAAAAAUUCUCACUAAUAAAAUGAUCAAAGAAAACGAGGAAAAUUCGAAAAACUACAAAAUCAUCCAAGCUUCUCAUUUGUCGAAAAAACUUCGACGUGCAAAACGCGAUAGUGAAAUCCUCGCGGAUUCUUCUUCAGAAAUAGCGAGUGUAAACAUAGGAAGCGCGCAAUCGAAGAGAAAUGUUGAAGAUUCUAUGACACAAGAAGAAUACGAGAAAAUUAUGGAAGGAGAGCAGAUACUUCCAAGUGCCACAAUGAACUCUGAUUACGAAUUCGAAUCCGAUUAUGAAGUGUAUGAUACAACUGCAGAAACCAUAACUUCAAAAUCAAACGCGUUGAAAUAUGGACCAAGCUACGAAACGUCGACGAUCGAGAUAAGUUCGACACCAAUGAUGGAUAAUUCAGAAAUAAAUGAAAUCUCGGAGCAACAUCGUAAUGUAAACAAUAUUAAGAGGUUCGUGAAUUCGGAAUUUUCUCCCAUCAGUGAAGAAAAUUCCAAUAACAGUAAUAUUGUCGACAAUAACAACAUUGUAGAACAAAAGUUUUUUCGUGCCGAAUCACCAGACGUCCAAUCGGACAGGAAGACAACGACGUAUGAUCGUUCCCAAAUUGUGCCUGAGAUUUAUUCGACUGAUAAGAGCGAUCUUCAGGAACUUGUUGUUUCCUCCGCGACUGAGAUCGCGCAGGAGACAACUCGCGAGGAAACGCAAAACCUCAUCAGCGAGGAGGAAAAAGCCGAUGGUUCAAGUUGUCCAAAAGCAGUCACCCAAAGGCAGAAGGACGAAAAAUGGCGCGACAAUAACGAUAAACUUAGAUUAAAGAAGUCAAUGAGUUCCUCCGAAACAACGAAAAUUUCCGAAGAGCAAACUACGACAGAAACAAUUUUACCAAAAUCAAAUGAUAAUGGGCAACAGAAUGGAGAGGAUGAUCAAAAUAUGAAACCCAAAGCUUCGACGCAGUCGAAGAAAAAUGGCGACGCAAAGAAAUUGAAAACCACACAUCUUAAAGCAUCAAGAGAAUUCGCUAGAUAUAUGAAGAACUUAAAUAAGCCUCAGAACUUAAAGCAGAUGGGCAAGAUGAGCAAAAGGCUCAUGAAGACACUGUUACAAUCUUAUCACAAUGAAUUAAUGAAGGUUAUGGACGCGAAAACACGGAACCUGAAGAGAAGAGAAAUUUGGGACAGCGACGAUAUUCGUCAUCUGAUCGAUCAGGGAGGGUUUAUUGGAGUUUUGAUCGAUGACGACGUUCUUUACAAGGAUACUAAUAAUAAAAAUUACGAAAUUCCUAUUGAGUUUGUAAAAGAAACACGUUAUCCAAAAUAUAAUGAAGACGAUGGACAUCGAGUUUCCAAGUUAUUAGAAUACAUGAAGAGAAUAUCGAUUAAUAAAAACUAUCGACCGAACGAUCUCGCGAGAUUUGCGCAAAAUCUCUUUGAUGGACAGAAUAUCAAUCAAAAUGUAAACGAUAAAACAGCAGCUGACUUAAAUAAUAUUUACAAAAAUCUUGAAUCAAAGCAUGAUAACUCAGACAUGUCUAUAACAGAUAAAAAUAUGGAAUUGACAAAAGAUGCAAGAAUUAAAAAUGAAAAAUCUGUUCGUUAUCAUGGUGAAAAAGAAGAUAUAUUAAAUGUUAAAAAAACUGAAGAUGCUGAAGAUACUGAAAGAAAUUUGAUUUUUAAAAAUGUCGAUACAGAUAAAGAAAUGUUAAAUAUAAAAAAAUUUAAUGAUAUUACAGAGUUAGAAUAUAGAAUGAACUAUUUGGCUAAUAAGAGAGAAAAUAUAGCGGAUGACAUAUAUCAAAUAGCUAAAGACACUCGAGAAAUUAUUAAACCAUACAAUUCAAAUGAGGAGAUACAAAAUAAUAUACAUGUAGAGAUGCUUAAUAACGAUAAAGCAAACAAAAAUGUUGAAGAAAUUAUUGGUGAUAAUAUUAAAUUAAGCAAAUUUAAAAGAGGAAAUGCAAGAAGACAAAGAGAUAUUAAUACACAAAGGAGAGACAAAUAUUUAAAGCAACUGCUACAUUUUCUAUUAACGAGAACAGAUGUCCAAGAUGAAUCAAGUUCUGAUAUGUAUGAUUACUUGACAGAAGACUCUGAAGAAAUAUUUAGUGACCCACCAAUCCCGAUCCAUUUGUUGAGAAAAGAAGAUGAAUCGCCAUUAAACAGCAUCUUGUUACAAAAAUUAAAAAACUAUUUGGCUUCCUCGAAGAAAGACUUGGAAAUCAAUCGGCAAAUUGAGAAAAAAUACAAGUCACCAAAGUAUAUCGUCUUUAUACCGACUAAGAAUGAGGAUUCGUAUAAAAGAUUGGAAGUGCAAGAUUUUGAUGAUGAUUUGUUAGAAAGUUUCGAGAUUCCUCGUUUUGAGAGUGAAUAUUUGCCACGAACAAUAUCAGAUUCUUCAGAAGAACUCGUAUACGAAGAUCUUUCAGAUCUGCUAAAUGAUAGUACUGAAAAUAUUUCGGAUAAAACAGCUAAUUCAUCGGAAAGUAUGCAGAAUGUUUCUGUAGAUGUCGAAGAUGUUGGGAUUAAUCGUGAGUCUGAAAUGGAAGACGUAAAAAUUAAAAAGGAAAAAAUCAAUUGUUUAAAAAUGAACAACCAAAUGUCAUCUGAUGAAUGUGGAAUGUUUUUAUUAUUUCCCUGGAGAGAAAAUGAGAAAACAAGACAGCGAAGAGAGAUCAGAAACAGAAUCAAUGAAGGCAUAAAUCAAAUAGGAGAUGAGAUGCAGUCAAAAUCAAAUAAAUUUUCUAUGGCUGAAAAUAUAAAAGACGAAAACAUCGAAAAUGUUUUAAAUACAAACAAUAUUGAUAAACAAGAAAAGGAAAAAAUGAUAACGGAAAAAGAGGCAGAAACAAAUUAUUUACAAACUCAAAUAGACAGAAAAAAUCGCGACAAUCUGCUUGAAGACUUUGUAAAAGCUCGUCAGAAGAAUUAUUUAUAUAAAAAGAAAAUUUUUUCGUAAAAAAUGAAGAAAAAGAUAAAAAUUUAAAAACAUCUUAAAGAGCAAUGAAAAAUUAUCAUCGUUCAAUAAAAAGGUUACUCCAAAGUUACAAAAUGAGAUUAUCGACGAUUUAAAAAACGCGCAAAAUUGUACGGAGUCUGUGGAACCAUUUAUUGAUAAUUUCGAAGAGAAAUUCAACGAGACUGUUCUGGCUUCAAAUGAAGAAAAUGAUUUAAAAAGUAAAACUUCAGAAAGUAUCGACAAUCCUUUUCACGUUGCGAUUAUAAAUAUAAAAAGAUUUAUUGCAUUUCUA